AAGCCAAAUUAGAUGGUUAUGAGCAUUGGGUAAUGUCAGUUUGUUUCUCUCCUGAUGGAAAUAUAUUAGCUUCUGGUAGUAGUGAUAACUCUAUCCGUCUAUGGGAUGUCAAAACAGGAUAAGAAAAAUUCUAAUUAGAUGGUCAUGAUGAUUGUAUUAACUCAGUCUGUUUCUCUCCUGAUGGUAAUACAUUAGCUUCUGGUAGUGUAGAUAACUCUAUCCGUCUAUGGGAUGUAAAGACAGGAUAAGAAAUUAAAUCCUCUGAUAAAAACCACAAAGAUAUUCUUGCAUAAUUUAAGAUUCCACUUUAGAGUAACUCAUUAUUACCAAAUGGUAUUUGUUAUUUAUUAUUUUUUAGUUAAGCCAGAUCGUACAAUACUUAGGAUUUGUUAGAAUCCAUUAUUAGAAGCAAGAGGCACACUUAUAUUGUAAGGAGAAUUUAUGAACCAUUAAGGAAAAGAUUUAAAACCUUUAUUCAAAUCUAAAGGAACUUGCUUUUUGGAAGACCUUAAGUAAAAGUGA